AGGGGGAGAUGCUUUUCUUUGCCUCAUUUAAAUUCCCUCGUUUUUAAUUAACGAGAAUAUAUCAUAGAUCUGCAGCUCACUUUUUUCUUUCUUUCUUCCCAGAACAAUAAUGGUUGCGAAUUCUACUUCCGAUCUUUCAGGAACCUCGAAUAAUGAGAAGCAGAAUUGGGCCACAUCCCCUUCCACUGUUUUCAAUCACUUCGCCACAAGUGGACUUUCCGUCGCUAUCGCAACAUCAAUUACUCAUCCUCUAGAUGUAAUGAAAGUGAGGCUACAAAUGCAACUUGUUGGCCAGAAAGGUCCUUUAAGCGGAAUGGGACAAUUGCUUUUAAGUGUGGUGAAAAACGAAGGACCUAAGUCUUUGUAUCUGGGUUUGACGCCUGCUUUAACAAGGUCAGUAGUUUAUGGAGGACUACGCUUGGGUUUAUAUGAACCCUCUAAGAAUGCAUGUGAUCAUGCUUUUGGAUCCUCCAAUGUUUUAGUUAAAAUUGCUUCGGGAAUGUUUGCUGGUGCUUUUGCAACUGGACUGACAAAUCCAAUGGAAGUUCUCAAGGUGCGUUUGCAAAUGAGUUCAGAGAUGGGAAAGAGUGGUCCGAUUUUGGAGCUUCGGAGGACUGUAUCUGAAGAGGGAAUCAAAGCUCUGUGGAAGGGGGUGGGUCCUGCCAUGGCCAGAGCCGCUGCCUUGACUGCAUCCCAGUUGGCUACCUAUGAUGAAACCAAGCAGAUUCUAGUCAAGUGGACAUCUCUCAGAGAAGGAUUUCAGCUGCAUCUAAUCUCAAGCACAGUUGCAGGAAUACUGAGCACCCUAAUAACUGCACCCGUGGAUAUGGUUAAAACUCGUCUCAUGUUGCAACGACAAUCCAAGGGUGGUAGAAUAUAUAAAAAUGGAUUUAACUGUGCAUACCAGGUCCUGCUUACGGAGGGUCCAAGGGCGCUAUACAAAGGGGGCUUCGCAAUAUUUGCAAGAUUAGGACCACAAACCACAAUUACAUUCAUAUUAUGCGAGGAGCUAAGGAAAUAUGCUGGGUUGGAAGCAAUUUAGCGACCGUAGUUUCCUCUGCUGACUUUAUUUUCUUGAAAUGCUGAAUAACUACCCUUUUUGCAAUCAAGCCCCACUUGGGGAAUUCUACAGUGGCUAUUUGAGGUUUACUAUUUUCCAGAGAACCGGAUCAUAUUUUUGACUCACGAUUAAGCAGACCCUUCUAAGAAGAGAUUCAUCUACUCGAGCAAGUGGUUAUUGUUGUACACUUGUACUCCCUUCCAUGAUACUACCAUUGUAUUAGUAUGAACAAAAGGAUGUUGAUUCUUUUUGUACUAUUGUUUUUAUAUCCAUUACUGUAUUAAUCUAAAUGGAAAAAUAACAUUGGUCAGCCUCCUGAUUGAGAAGGGACUGGGUGAUUUUUUCGUCUCUCCAAUACUGCUGCUUAGUUUCUAUUUUUUUAAAUAUCACUUUAGUUAUUGUUUUAUAUUUUUGGUUUACAAGUUAUUUAAAUUGUCAGUGAAUUUUGAUGUGGUUUAUUCAUUUAUACAUGUUUUGAUUGAGUAAAUCACUAAUGGUGUGUUUGUACAAGGCAAUUGGAAAAUUUCAAGAGACUUAGAA